CAAAAGUACCAUCAGAAAUGUGACCCUGAUCCUCAGCAGACCAGAGAGAGUAUCCUGGCACUGGGAAAACUGGCUUUCCGCCAGCUGCAGAAAGGAAACCUGAUCUUCUAUGAGGAAGACCUGAGAGAGUGUGGCAUUGAUGUCAGAGAAGUGUCAGUGUACUCAGGAGUGUGUACCCAGAUCUUCAGAGAAGAGUUUGGUCUUCACCUGGGGAAGGUGUUCAGCUUCGUACAUCUGAGUGUUCAGGAGUUUCUGGCUGCUUUAUAUGUAUUUUUCUGCUUUAUUUUAAGAAAUAUAAAUGUGCUUGUGGGUCAAAGCACUGGACUUUUUAAUUUCUUCAGAAAUCCAAACAUGUCUGAUCUCCUCAGGAGUUCAGUGGACAAGGCCUUACAGAGUGAGUAUGGACACUUGGACCUGUUCCUCCGCUUCCUUCUGGGUCUCUCACUGGAGACCAAUCAAACUCUCUUACGAGACUUAAUGCCACAGACAGGAAGCAGAUCUCACAGCAAACACGAAACAGUGGAGUACAUCAAGGAGAAAAUCAGGGAGAAUCUAUCUCCAGAGAAAUCAAUGAAUCUGUUCCACUGUCUGAAUGAACUGAAUGAUCAUUCUCUAGUGCAGGAAGUACAAAGUUACCUGAACAGAGGAACCAGAGGAACCAGACUCUCUCCUGCUCAGUGGUCAGCUCUGGCGUUUGUGUUACUGACCUCAGUACAGGAGCUGGAUGUGUUUAAUUUGAGGAAAUAUCAUCGAUCAGAUGAAGGUCUUCUGAGGCUGCUGCCAGUGGUCAAAGUCUCCAGAAAAGCUGAUCUGCGUGAGUGUAAUCUGACAGAGAAAAGCUGUAGAGUUCUGUCCUCAGUU